CUGCAAAUAAGCUGAAGAAUACAUAAAGGUAGAUUAUUGGGGGCUAUAUGGACUGCAGCCACACUUUGGGACUUGAUUCAGUCUGGAAUCCCCUUAAUAAAGGCUGAGGCAGAGUGAUCUGAAGGACAGUAAGGAGAGGGGAGAAGUCUUUCCUGGAGACAUAAGGGCAGGGGACCUGAGCUCCCAGGAUAUUGGUCCUAAGGCCCGGAACUUGCCACCCUCCUUAAUCAGUCAACUACUAAGCAACUACUCUGUGUCAGGCAGACAGCUAGAUGGCGAAGUAGAUGAUCUGAGCACUGGGCACGGAGUCAGGAAGACUCGUGGUCCUAGUUCAAAACCUCAGACCUUCCGAGACUAACCAAGUGAUACAAAGUAAAUAAAAGCAGGAUGGGUGGAGGGAGCAGCACCCAGGAUAGAGCCCUGGGCUUGCAACUGUGAAGACCUGUCUUAAAUCCAAACCCAGCUCCAGACACUUACUGGCCGUGUGAGACUGGGUAAGUCACUUCCCCAUUUGCCUCAGUUUCCAAAAUAAGCUUGAGAAGGAAAUGCCAAACUGUUAGGGGAGCAGCCUGACAGUGGCUGCUGGGUGUUCCGGGAGCCACCUGCUAGUGGUUGCUGGGGAUCUAAUUCUGACCAGCAGAAGAGACCCCAGCACAAGGAGACUGAGAAACGGUCUCUGAGCUCUCUCCUCCUCCCUCUUGCCUCCAACGUAUUUCAUUCCCAGUUCACAAGGAACGUCUCAGUAAAGGCUGAUGUGCAAUUCCUUCAGGUGUGUUAGGAUUCACAGCUGUGGGGGCUUUGGGAGGACUGACCUGCUGCUUCACACUUAGGCGGGGUCCUCCAGUAUAUUAGCCACGGAAACACCAAAUGGGUUAGGAGGAGUCAGUUGAAACGACUGAAUAACAAGAAGUGUCAAGCAUAGGGUGUGCAAAGAAAGGCAAAACCCAAACAAUUCCUGCUCAUAGGAUAAUGGGGGAAACGUGGUUUUUGUUUUUGUUUUUUAGAACUUUAGAAACCUUGCCUGCCGGGCCAUCAGUCAGGGCAAGGCUGGGCCAUGUCAGGCUGACGACCCUAAGGAUUCGGGAUAUAGCGGAAACAGAGGGAGGGAGGGAAGAACUAGGAUGACUACAACCACCCCGACCAUUUCAUAGAUGGGGAAACUGAGGUCUCAGUCCAAUGGUGCAUGAUCGAGAGGCAGCAGAAGUGGAGUUCCAGCCCAGGUUCUUCUCUCCCCCCUUUUUCCCCCCCACCCCCGCCCAGGAAUUUAGGACAACAUUUAGCAUCUCUUUCCUUCUACAGAGGGGGAAACUGAGGCCCAGGGAGGGAGAAGGACUUGUCUGGGAAAGGGAGAGAGUUAGGACAAGAAUCCAGCCAGUCACUCCAAGGAGAAUAAUAGCCCCGUGUCAAAAAAAAAAAAAAAAAAAGCAGCGGGAAGUCAAGGGACGCGCCUCCACCGCUUCAGCUCGGGCGAGCCCAGCCCUUUCCUCUCUCCCUCUCAUUUCUCCUGGUUCGCGGACCUCCGGCCGCUCUCAUUCGGAUAUCGCGCCUCGCUCUUGCGUCACUUCCUCCUCGCUUCCGGAAGCGACUCUGACGGAGCCAAAUUUGAAGAGAGACUAGAAGCUUCGGUCGCCUGUUGUUCUGGCCUGGUUCUAUCCCUCGAGGGGCGCCCCGUGAGGAAGCGCCCGGGGCCGGGAUGCCCAUCCGCGCGAUCUGCACCAUCUGCUCGGACUUCUUUGACCACUCCCGAGAUGUGGCCGCCAUCCAUUGCGGGCACACCUUCCACCUGGAUUGCCUCAUUAAGUGGUUUGACACUGCUCCAAGUCGUACAUGUCCACAGUGUCGGAUCCAGGUUGGCAGAAAGUCCAUUAUCAAUAAACUUUUCUUUGACCUUGCUCAGGAAGAGGAAGCAGGCUUGGAUGCAGAGACCUUAAAGAAUGAACUGGAUAAGACUAGAGCCCAGCUGUCCUUAAAAGUAAAAGAGAAGAAGGAUUGCCAAUCCAUCGUUGACUCUUUAAGAGAAAUUCUAGAUGUGCGCAAUAUCACCAUAGAAUCACUGCAGAAAGCCCUGGGCGAGUCAGAAAUGCUGUGUUCAACCUUCAAGAAACAGAUUACGUACUUGGAGCAGCAACAGAAUCAGAUCAAGAAUAUGAAAGAGGAGACCUGCCGGCUGAGGAACAAAAUGAAAACUCUGGAACGGCUUGAGAUCCUGCUCCAGAGCCAGCGCCCAGAGGUGGAACAGAUGAUCCAAGACAUGGGAGUGGGCCAGUCAGCCAUGGAACAGCUGGCUGUGUACUGUGUAUCACUGAAGAAAGAAUAUGAAAAUCUCAAAGAGGCCCGGAAGGCCUCAGGUGAGCUGGCAGAUAAGCUAAGGAAGGAUUUGCUUUCUUCAAAUAAUAAGUUACAAAAGGUACUCGCUGAGCUUAACAAUGUCAAGGAGGAGUUGAAAUCAACCCAGAAGGAUUUACAGACUGCAGAUAAGGAAAUCACGAGCUUAAAGAAGAAACUGACGAUCCUACAGGGGACCCUGAACCUGCCGUCCCACACCAGUGAGACCCUCAGUCGGCUUGUCUUAGAGAGCCCAGCUCCUGUGGAAAUGCUGAACCUAAAGUUGCGCCAACCAGCCCAUGGUGAGGACAUUGAUCUGAAUGCCUCUUUUGAUGUGGUCACACCCCCAGCCCAACCCCACAGCUCCAAGCUUGUCCCAGCUAAGAAGCUCUGCCUGGAACAGUCAAGCUCUCUGACUCCUGGUGUCUCCAGAAAAAGCAGCAGAGACCCCACGAAGGUGAGUGGUCUCUCUCUUGGGGAUCAGCCUUGGACUGGAGACCAAGAUGAUGAGCUGGUGGGAAACUUUCCCUCAUUCAUUCGGAAUGCUGUCCUGGGCAAGAAGAGGCCCCUGGGCAGCCUCAGGGACCCAGGCAGGAACAGUGGAACUGUAAGAACAGGUUUUGACGGCCUCGGAGGACGAAGCAAGUAUAUUCAACCUACUGACCUCUCUGUCAUCCGUCCACUGCCUGUAAAGCCAAAGCCUAGGCACAAGGCCGUGUCAAGGAAAGCAGUUCCCUCUGUCCAGGCGAGGUUGGAUACUUUCCUGAGAUAACCCCUCCGGGUUAUCCGCAUCGGGACCAGAGUGCACAAGAAAAGACUACUGGGUAUUCUCCUUUCUCUCCAGGCUUCUGAGAGACAGGACUACCUGUUGGCUUAGGAUGUGGGGACAGUUCCUGCAAGCCUCUAGCCCACAGGGUGGGAACACCCCCCCCCAACACAGUUCAGCUUCUGCCCUCCCUGAGGGCCUCCAUGGGGCAUCUUGUGCUGCUCACGGUCCCCCGGGAUGACUCCUGCCUGUGGCAGCAUGUGCAGCCAGUCUGGCCAAAACUCUGGUGCCUCUUUGGGACUUUGCACUUCAGCCUUCCCUUUAGCAUCCCCAGGUAGCUUAGAUAGGGGGAAGGCGGGGUGCUCCUCCAGGGCUCAGGGCUUUGAUUCUCUUCCCUCACACCCCCACCCCCUGCACCCAAAUAGCUCCCUGAUUAUAGUGCAGCUUUUCCUCUUUGGAACCAGAAGUGAGCGCAGAGCUCUAAGUCCUGCCCUGCUCUCCGUAUGGCCCUCUGGGGCUUUCAUAUCCCUCUGCCCAGCCCCGACUUCCUGGUAGGUUCUGCCCUCAUGACUCCUCAUGUCCUUGGCCUGGAGAGCAGCUAAGCAAGGACUGCCUGCUUUCCUGAAGGUGGUGGGCUGCUGUGGAGCUGGGCUGCAGCAGAGCUCCUGGGCAGACCAGUGGUCUUAUGAGGAUCCUGUAAAAUAAAGUUUCACCAAUG